GACGUGACAAACACACCGAAAAGGCAGGAGGGAAGAAGGAGGAGAAGAAGAUAAAGGAGGAGUGGAGGGAGGAGGAGGAGGAGGAGAGGAGGAAGAGACAGCAAAGAGGUGGACACAACUCUGUCAAAAAAGAACAGCGGAGGACAGGAGAAGGCGACGAGGACGAGGAAGAGGAGAAGGGAAGGAGAGCAGAGGGUGCUGCAGCCAUGUCAGACACACCUCUGCAGAGGAACGGCACAGCAACAACGCCGAUGUCGUGUGAGGAGGCUCAGCUCCACAAAGAGAGGAUGCAGGCCUUGACGGAGAAGCGGAAACGGCAAACUGAGAUUGAAGACAAAAGAGGCCAGCUUGAUGACCUGGUGCUCCAACUACAGCAUCUCAAGUCCAAAUCCAUGCGUGAGCGAUGGCUCCUCCAGGGAAUGGGAGAGGAUGAAGAGGAGGGACGACGGAAACAGCUGGAACAGGAUGAAGAACAAGGGAAGAGGCUGGAUGACAUAAUACAUAGGCUGGAGUCUGAAAUCGGUACACUGGAGAGCGAAGAGUCCCAGAUAUCUGCCAAAGAGCAGGUUCUACGGCAACGUCUGAAAGAGACGGAGCGCUCAAUAGAAGACCUGCAGAAGAGUCUGAUGACCCAGGAUGGAGAUGCCCCCGGCCGCAUGUCCGCCCCUCUCUCGGACUGCACAGACCCCGAUCCCAACCACCUCGUCCUGGCCACGCAGCCCAGGACUGGCCCACCUGCCUCCGGAGAGCACGCCAUACCAAGACCUGCAUUGUUUGCCAUGGAGAUCAACGUGCAGCACGACCCGCAGACCGGUGAGCAGCACGUCCUGUCAGCCAACCGCGUGAGCACGCUGGAUGCGGCGUCUCGUGGCAUCAAGGUCUUCGACGAUGGCAGAAAAGUGGUCUACGAAGUCACUUCCUCUGGGGGUGUGUCCACCAGCACCACCAUGGAGAACGGAUGGAGUUCCGCGCAGGUCGACCAGCUGAUCCAGCGAGCUACCAGGCCGGCCGUACAAGGAGGAGAGGGCGGUAAGGUUAAGGUGACGGUGACUCCAGCUGCCCCACAGACCUACAUUUCCCCAGCAGAUGUUGACGAUCUGUCUCCACCCUCCUGUGCUCCGCCAUCCAUUCCUUCGAGCCCGCCAGCACAGGUCACCCUCCAGAGGGAGCCCCGGCUUGGCAUGAUGCCCCCCUCAGCUCCCAUUACAACCCAGCCCGCCUCCUCCGCCCAUCCAGGUGGCGAGCUAAGCGCCCUACCGCAAGCCAGUUUGGAGCACCCAAUCACCAUGGUGUUCCUCGGCUACCAGGACGUUGAUGACACGAGCGAGAGCAGACGGCUGCUUGGUUUUGAUGGCGCCGUGAAGGCCGAGGUGGUUCUGAUCGACGAAGACGACGAAAAAUCACUGAGGGAGAAGACGGUCACCGACCUAUCCAUCAUCGACGGCACGGCGGCCGACCUUGUGUCAGGGCGGCCGGCCACGUCCGAGGGCGCCAGCACGGAACUGUCAUCUGACGGACGUGAGCCUGACAGCGCCUCCUCGCCCCCCGCCAAUCCCGACGCCAACACAGCCCCCCCGCCCGGCCUCACCCCCGCCACAGGCUACGGAAAAACAUCAGGGGUUACCGUGACAACAGCAAAUGGGUAUGAAGCGUCCAUUCCGACCAGGCAUCCUCACACCGCCAUGAAAUUGUGGCGGGCAGCCGAGGAUGUCAGUGACACAAUACCAAGAGAGCGAGCCCUGAAGAGCGUCAGUUUCCAGGAAUCAGUCAGCGUUAUCACUGACAGGCCUGCAACAAUGGAACUGGAGAGCCAGCAGAUGCAACAUGGCUGCCUCAGCAACCGAGCCCACAAUGCAGUUGGUGUGAAAGUAGAGUCUCCUGACAGCGAGGUGGUGCAGGAGAUCCGCUACUUGGACCAGGUUUUGGACGCCGCCUCCGAAACCCCCACCAACGGAAGCUCUUCUCCGUCAGAACACACCAAACUAAUCAACAUCGAUGGAAACUCUCCUUCCGUCUGCGUGUCAGAAUCCUCUCCCGUCAAUCACCAAUCAUUCGUUGUGGAGGGUCAGAGACAAACCACGUUCCUCUACCACGAGGACUCUGCUGUGAGGACCAACGGCCAUGUGCAGGGAGAGGAGUCGGGGAGCGGCAGGGCGAAGUUUGAGCUGAGAGCGUUUCAGGAGGAGAGGCGUCCGGCGAAACUCUUCACCCCUGGAGAGGAACAGCAGGUCAGGGUGACGAGGAGACGACCCUCAGGGGAGGUUGUGGAGCUGGAGCGAGAGCGUCAGGAGCUGAUCAAAGACCAGGCAGUGAAGAAAAACCCCGGGAUCGCCCUGCGCUGGUGGAACCCUCCUCAGGAGGUUCCUUUGGAAAAUCAGCUGGAAGCAGAUCAGCUUGAGUCUCUUAAAAAAUACCAGGAGAGGAAACAGCAGAAACAGAGUCACCCUUAUGUACACACACAGCCCCAGGUGUCAGGACCUCCCUCAAUGGUGACUUUUGACCCAGAGCUAAACAGAAAGGAUGACAUUAUGCAGGACCAGAUCAACUUCUCGUCCGCCAGGAAGCAGUUUCUGCAAGGGGAGGCGACCAAGAGGGACGUAGCUCCUCACAUGUACUCCGCCAAACCCUUUUCCAAAUCCAUACCCAAGGGCAGCCAGGGGAUCAGUGACAUUGUUGGGGAAACAGGGGAGGGUCACGUGACCUGGUCUGAUGAAGGAUAUGCAGCAGAAUUUACCUGUGCACGAGCCGUAAUGACAAUCCUGCCUGACGACGAGGAGGGGAAGAGCCAUUUCUAUCCGGGCUUUCACCCAGAGGAGUCUGACUCGGGGUUAGACGAGUUAUCUGUCCGUUCUCAGGACACUACUGUGUUUAGCUUGGAUAAUGUUUCAGACAGCGGGGCUUCACUACCGCCUACCCCGUUGCCACUCACCCCGGUGUCACCCCCCACCCCCCAACCCACCACGCCAGUCAAUGGGCAGACCAGUGGCAGUCCGACAGAAUAUGAGCUGGAGUACCACGCUGGGGUACUUGUCCAAAAUGCCAUCCAAAGUGCCCUGGCAGCUCAGGAUGGAGAGGAGUGGCUGUCAUCUGACUUUAAUUCUUCACAACUGAGCGCCCCUGUGUCUCCAUCCUCAGCUUCUACAGGAAGCCCAGUACCAGUUUCUUCCUCUCCUGUGUCUUCUGGUGGAGCUCCCAGUCUCCAAUCACCAAUGUCCUCCAGUCCUGCUCCACCCAACCUGUCUCCUCUGCCAGACAGACGCCCAGAAGUAAGAUUUGUUUCCCCAGAGAAGUCUUCAGAGUCAGAACGCGCUCUGCAGCAGCAGCCCUCCAGUCCACCACAGCAGCUACAGAUGCCUUCUCCGCCUCCUUCUCAGCCUGUCUCGCCACCACAAAGACCCAGAAAUGGAGGCCCCAGGAUCAAAAUCCAGUCCUCUUACGCCAGAGCACUCGCCUCCACAACCCCGGCUCCAGCUGCGGCACCUGCCUCCGCAUCCGCAGCAGCUCCAGUUCCCAGGCCGACCCCAGUCUACCGCCCCCCUUCUCCCCCAAGCCCGGAGAAACCAGAAUUUAGCUACUUCAGCAAAUACUCGGAGGCGGCUGAACUGCGUAGCACAGCAGCAACAGCACGAGGUCCCGAGGUGGAGGCGGCCAGCGGCCCGUUCCGCCUGCGCUCCAAGAAGCAGCGGACUUUGUCCAUGAUCGAAGAGGAGAUCCGAGCAGCUCAGCAGAGGGAAGAGGAGCUGAAGAAACAGAGGGAGGAGCAGCCUGUUGCUAAGGUCCGUUCCAGCAACACUUCCAGCAACAGUCUCGGUCCCGUGAGGACGGGGAUUCGGCAAACCAAGGUUUCCCCAGCCGAUAAGAUGAAGAGCAACAGCCUGCCAGCCAGACUCACACUCACAGCGAGGACAGCACCAGGAAAGAUCGAGAAGGUUCGACCUGCACCGCCCGUCUCACCCUCGCCUUCAGAGGGAGCCCUGUCCGACGCCGGCAGCGAGGACUCCGGAGGACGACCCAAAAACUACAUGCAGACGCUUAUGGAAGACUAUGAAACACACAAAGUGAAGAGGAGGGAGAAGAUAGAGGACAACAGCUAUGCCCGUUUGUUGCUGACUAACGAGGUUCUGGAGGCCACUCGCGUCACCAGGAGGAAAAGCGACAUGGCGCGGAAGUGGGAAGCCGGUAUCUAUGCUAACGAGGAAGGAGAGGAGGAAGAAGAAGAGGAGGAGGAAGAAGAGGAGGAGGAGUAAACAGCUCCUUCCAGAGACAGUCAAGGGGCCAAGUGGAAAGGAGGAGGAUGAAGAGACUGAAGGGAAAAAAUGCAGCGAGGAUAGGCAAAGGAAACAGUAUUUAUUUUACUAAAAGUAUUCUGAUGAUCACAUGACCCGCUGGCUCGACCAACGGGGCUCAUCUAAAAAAAAAAAAUGCAUCAAGUUUUGAACCUGAGGAUUGAAGGCCGACAGUAUGUUAAGUGACUGAGUAUGUGAGAGACAUUUGAAGUGUUGAGGAGAGUUUGGAGAAAAAGAAGGUCAGUGAUGCAAGAGACACUUGGAAAGGGUUUAAUGAUGGUUUAGGAGCAGAAGCGUAUUCGGGAUUAAAGGUUUUUACUAGUUGGUAGACGCUGAAUGACUUAAAUAUUCAUAGGAUGUUUCCUGUAAUUGUUUUUAUUGAAAUAUGUGCUGAGAUCUAGAGAUUUUAUUUUGGGACUGAGACUUGCUGAUGAUGGGUUGUUGCUGUUUUUGGAAAUGGAUGCUUGAUAAUAACCCCAAUCAUGUUCACAGUGUGUGGAGACAUUUUCAAGAGAGGAGGAAAAAGCAGAAUCUCUGUGAUUUCAGAAUGAUGCUGCAGGGAGGCUGAGAGGUUUCCCAUGGCACUGAACCAGAUGGGACCCGAAGCAUCACUUUCAGUAAAGUGUUAUCUUCUGCAUCCUGCAGUGCCACAGUACAGAUACAAGACAUACGACAUGUUGGUGGGAGCUUUCGCAAUCCUUUUCUUAGCAUCUGUGUUAAAUCUUAAGUGCCGACUCAAGGGUCCUUGAAUUGUGAAAUGCUAACGAGGAAAUCUGCAAAGCUAGCAUCUUGGGUCAACUUUGCCUUAGACCGUCAAUAAUAGUUGGAUGCACGAUAUGUAUGAUGCAUUUUUAUCUUCUCCUAUUCUGUAUUACUGCAGUUUCAGUAGACCUUAGAGAAAAUACGCAACCACAUUAGAUAGAACGUCUGUCUAUAAAACACUUCUCUUCAGUGACCGCGUGUCUUUUAAGUGACGGGGAAGAGGGAAGCUAACUGCGGGUCAUGUUUGCGUCACUUCAGUCAGCGUGUGUAUUAAUUAAAGGGCUGGGUCGGGGUUUUAUAUUCUUAAAAAAAUCACUUAUUUUACUUUGCUGGCUACGUCGCCCGUGCUUUCUGAUGUAAGCAGUUGUUUCGUGUAUUAUACUGAGGUAGGAUUGUGUAUUUGAUAUUAUGAACAUGUAUGUAGAGAUUCCAGUGGGGCCGUGUAUCUGCUAUACCUUGCUAGCUGAGGAUAAAGUUUGAUGGAAAAGAAUUUGGAAAAGCAUUUUUAUAAAAAAGUUGUUAUACCAAAACAGAAUGUUGUUAUUUGGAGAACAGUCAGCCUACGCUUUUACAUUUAUUUAAGAAGUACUGAUUGUGUGCAUGAAAUGACUCCUUUCUUAACCUGAAACAAGCACACAACAAGCAGAGAGAAGAAGGCAAAAUAACAUCAGUUUAACGGGUUUAUUUUGUAUGUUAAUAACAUAACAAGGGAAGGUUCGUGUGUUCAGGUUGUCCGGUUUUUUUUACUAAAUAUAUUGUGAGGUUUCUGCAGGACGAUGUGAUUUCCGGUUUUGUUUAAUGAGCAAAGCAUUAAAGGUCUCUAUGAGUGGGGCGAUACUGUGGAUUUAAGACAUUGACACGCAAUCAGAACAAUCCCUGGAGCCUACAGGGCCGUGUUUAAAUGAGAAUUAAAAGGAGAAAUGUGUCAACAGUAUUUUUGAACCACUUUAACUGAAAAGUAGCAUAAAAGAUUAUACUUUUCAGUCUUUGUUAGCUUGUUUGUUGAAGCCUUUGAGAUUUGUUUCCAUCAUUAAGGAUGUCAGGAGGAUGGUGAGAACGUUUUUGUUCACAGUUUCGAUCACGACAUUUGCCGGCAUGUUCUGUAUCAAGUGUCCUUCAGCCUGGCACUGACCUUCCUGUGUGCUCACAAACACACUGAAUAAAAAUGUAUAUCAUUAAAACUGAGGUAAACUUGCACAAAGGAUGCUGAAUUGCGGGACACAUACUGUACUAACCCUUGACAAUAAUGACUCUGUUAUAUUUAUUGGGACAGUCCCAGCCUGAGUGCAUAUGAUGACUCUAUUUAAUUAUCUAUUUUAACUUGCUCUCUGAGGGAAACGUAGUGCCAGCAGAAGUGUGAGAUGUGUCCCCCUGAAACAAAAACACACACAUUGGUUCCAGAGAUUCCUCCUCUUCCUUGUUUUUCUACACGUGAUAAUAUAUAAAAUGAAAAAAAAAAGUAUUUAAAGGACCAGUGUCCCUUUUUUAUGAGACGGAGGCGUUAUUGUGGUGCAGCAGAAGCGUGUCGAUAGUUGAGGUACAGUGAUGCUGAUAUGAGAUUAAUUGUUUUGCCACACGAGUUGAGGGAUGAUUGAUGAUGACAGUUUUACAGUGAGUGGCCUGAAUCUAAGCAACAAAAGCAAAUGGCUUCGUCCCUAGUUUACUGUAACUGCUGCAACACAUUGUAAAACUGUGUUAUUGUACACAAAGACACACACACUGUCCUCGUUUCGCCUUCAGGGGAAGCAAUCGAACCCCAAAUUGUUUUGAGUUCUCAUUUAACAAUUAUUUUUAAAAUAAUUACACACAUCAUGCACACGCAGAGGAGUUCUAAUUGUGUGAUUUAUUAUUAUUAUUAUUAUUAUUAUGCUUUUGUUGUUUCAUGAAUCCAUGGUGCAGAGAUGAUUUAUUUAUCAUUUUUAAAUGCUGGUAGCUUGUUUCCGCCUGCAGAAGCGCCCGAGCUUCAGUGUCUUUGUGUGUGAUAAAGCGAUCCUAUUAUACAAUAUAACCUCUGUUCCUAUGUUAACCACUUGUACGCUCAUACUCUGCGUUGUUAUUUUAUAGCACAUGUAAGGCUCACAGUUAUACACCUACUAUACAUAUUAUGAUUAUUUUCUCAUUAAAAAUAAAACCUGUAAAUGUGGGAUUUCUGUGUGCUUCAUUCAUGUAUUAAACUAACAAGCCAUAGUUUUGCAUUACAGCCAAUUAACUAAAAAUAUAAACUGUACAGAACUAGAGUCGCUUUUUCAAAGCAUAUGAGGACAACAGUGAAAAAAAAAUGUUUUUAAUGUACUGUCAUUUAUUAAUCAAAGACAAAAAAUAAAUUCAGCUUUUUUUUCUA